AUGAAUCAGCAUAUCCACUUGGGUAAUGCACUUUAUGAACGAUAUGUAACACAGGAAAAAUUUCUUGGAAAGUCGUUGAACUAUUGGGAGAUGUACAUUCGAUCAACUGAUGUCAAUCGAACACUAAUCUCUGCCUACUCAAAUUUAAUUGGUAUGUACUACGGCCGAACAGAGGCUGUGCCAAACAAAAAUUAUCCUAAUAAUACGCGAUGGCCUGGGCAACUGGUGCCUUUUCCAGUUCACAGCGUAGCUAGAGAUACAGAUUAUGCCGGUGAUCCGCUAGCUCCGAAUUGUCCAAGACUUUAUUGGUUGCUGGAUAAAUCGAAGGAAACACCUGAAUAUAUCAAACUCCGCAAGGAUAAUCAGAUCAGAUGGAACGCUUUGCAGAAAUUCCUCGAUUGGCUUACAGAAGUGUGCGGUGAGGAGGUGGACUUGAUACGAUUGUGGGACAUACGUGAUGCCACAUUCAUUGAGAGGUUGUACAAUAUGAAAACACCCUUCGACAAUUCGACGUAUCAGAAGAUGGCGGAAAUCGACGAUAAAGUUGCGGUUAUUGAAGACGGAUUAGGCUUAACGCCUGUUGAUGGAAUUGAUUUUGCAAUUGAAACGCCGAAGGUGAAAGGAGGUCCGAUGCUCUGGACAAUGCUGGACAAUUUCGAUUUGAAG